UGUAUUUUCGAUUUGUAAUUGAAAGGACUGUAUUUGCAGUAGAAGCCCCCUCUUCCCUUUCGUCAUUAUCACAAAAUUAGAAAGAUCAGUAACGACGAAUCUAUUGAAAAGAAGGUCCCUUUUUCGAUUUCUUUCAUAUCUUUUCUGCAUUUUGACCAUGACUUUGACUAGUUCAGUUGCCGAUCGAAUAGAAAAGAAAAUGUUUGCUCAAACAACAACCGCAGCUACUAUUACUUCUACUUCUACUACGAUAUCGGCAACCACAAAAAACAUUGAUAAAAAACAGUCUAUGUCCGAACUCAGAGCAAGUUAUCCCCUUGAAGAACUCAUCAAAUUGUAUAGUCCAGACUCAAUGGCACGAAAAUUGAAUAAAGCAGAUAAACCAACAAGAUUAGUCUUGAAUGGCGUCAAUAUUUUGAACAAAUACAGUCUCGACAGUGAUAUCGUUAUGAACAGAAUAAAACAAAGAAAAGAAACGCACAAUCGUGUAGAGAGAAGGCGAAGGAACACUCUGAAUUUGUUAGUCAGCAGGCUAUCAGAUCUUGUUCCCCGCAGUGUUUCAGAAAAAAGAAAAGGUGAAAAAUGCUACCGCGCAAAAGUGCUUAGCUAUGCAAUAGAAUAUAUUGAAGUGAUCCAGAAAGAGAAUGAAGAUCUCCGUAGGCAGAUGGGCCGCCUGGCAACCCUAUCAAAGGCAACAAUGGCAAAUGAGCUGCCGCUUCAACAGUAAUCAUCAGCAGCAGACUUUUACUUUCCCCAAACAGUUACUCCUUUUUUUGAUUGGAGGCAUUGUACGAACCCAAAAAAAAGGAGGAGUCUUUUAUUAAAAUAGCUAUAGUUUAAAAACAUGACAAGACACCACUUGCGCUUGUCUCGAAGCGAUCAGAAAAUAUGAUACAAGGCUCAUUAUAUAGAGUAGAGUUAAAAGUAUGUGAUUGAGAUAAAUAAAUUCAGGUUAUAAUAACAAAAUAAGAAGAAUAAAGAGGUCUGGAAGAGGUUCGUAGUCAUGAAAGCGAUAUGAAUUAAAAUAGUGUUUAGAGAUAACGUAUGCAGAAGUAACUACAGAUACAAUAAAGUAGGGUAUAUAUGCAAUUCGAUGACUUCAAAUGGGACAAGGUAUUCAUUCUGCCACAGCUUCUAGCUCUCGUCGUUUACAGAAAAUACCACGAUUUGGAUCUGUAUCAAAGUAAGUGAUACCAUCAACACUUCCAUCACAAUUUCCAACUAAU